UGAGAAGAGACCGAGCCACAUCUCGUCAACUCUCAAGCGGGGUUCUAUUUGCUGAAGCAGAUGCCUCUAUCACGCAGAAGUUCUCGAAUCAAUUGCAUCCAGUACCCAAAGAACGGUUGAAAGGCUCGAAAGUGAUCGUAGCGGAGACGUCCGACUUCAGCCGAAGCUUGCUCUUGAAGCCUUUGGUCAUUUAUAUCGAGUAACGCAAAUACAAGCGCAUGCAGAGUCGAUAGUAGACACUUUUGCAAGAAUUUCUCGCAGGUUCGCGUUCAUCUCACCUUCAGAUUCGGCACCAUAGAGCAAACGACAAGAUGGUUCCCGCACUCAGAAAGAUCCUCAUCAUCAACCCAAACUCGACGAGAGCCAUGACGAAUGCGCUCAAGCCGCUGGUUGAUUCUCUGGGCUACUCCUCGACACAACAUACAUAUUUCACAGCACCUUCAGGACCAGCAUCAAUCAACAACGAAGACGACGCGGCGGAGUCAGCCAGACACUGUCUAGAGCCUCUGCUGCCACUACUCGAAACACACGACGCUUUCCUCGUUUGCUGUUACUCGGCGCAUCCACUUGUUGGGCAGCUCAAGGCGAGACCAGAAAUUGCUAGUCGCCGCAAGCCUGUGACGGGUAUCUUUGAAGCAUCUGUUAGCAGCAGUCUCCAGGCCAUCGGGCCCGGUGAACGGUUCGGCAUAGUUAGCACGGGUAAGGUAUGGGAAGCUACAUUGCGUGAGGCAGUCGACAACUAUCUCGGUGUCGAAGACAAUACCGAAGGUAGUGCAGCAUUCGCGGGAGUGCAGACGACAGGCCUCAACGCUACAGAGUUGCAUGAGAUUUCACCAAUCGAAGUUCGCAGCCGUAUGAAGAAGGCAGUCGCAAGACUUUUGAUUGAUGAUGCGGGUGGUCCGGUCGGAGCAGUGUGUCUUGGAUGUGCAGGUAUGGCAGGGUUCGAUGACAUGGUCAGAGAGGCAGCUGUUGAAACGCUUGGUCAUGGUCAGGGAUCGAAGGUUCGCAUUGUCGACGGCGUUGUUGCUGGAGUGGCAUGGCUAGAAGGAGCUCUACGAUCGGGCAUGUAG